AUGGAGUUAUCAAAGCAAGAGGCCGAAGAACUUCAAAGCAAGGAACAAGAGGAUGAUUUUUCAGAGAAGCCCAGAAAAGUUCGAUGGUCACUCGAGCUGGAAGAGGUACACUAUUUUGUUCCAUUGCCGCAAAAGAAAGACAGCCGAUGGAAGAAGACUAUUAAGUGCAUCAAAGAAAAGGCGCUUGAUUGGAAACACAACCCGCUCAUGAUGCUUGGAGACCUACAUGAUCGUAAUAACUUGCACCUUCUUCACAAUGGUCUUGUAUUUCUGACAAGAAAGGUGAACAACCGUUCAGAUAAGGUGGAUUGUGAAGACAUCCACGACAUCAACAAAUACUGGGAUGAAUUGUUUGAACUGUAUUCAACGCGCGAAGUGGUGUCUUGCGACGACAAUGACAGGCGGAACUCCAAGUUCGCCUGA